AUGGGCAUGGCGGGCUCGGCGUGGCGGGUGUGCUGCACGCACCUGGUGUACGCGGAGGGCGCGCUGGUCGUGGUCGUCCUGCGGGUCCUCGACGGUGGCCUGCCCAUGGAGCCCGGGACGAUCCCGCACGCCACGCUGCUGACUCGCCCGCCGUUCGUCCCCGGCCACUCGCGCGAGGCACUCGAGGCCGCCAGGGCCAGCGGGCUGCUGGAUUGCUCGAGCGCGGGCCUCCGCGUGCUGCGGCAGGCCGCCGUCGGGCACGGCCUCGUGGACCUCUACGUGGAGAGGCUGGGCGUCGCCGAGUCGGUGGCCGCACCUGCCGCCGGCUCCGCGGGCACGCCGCUCGAGUGCCGCCUGGAGGGCUUCUGGGGCUAA